AUGGACCAAGUUCAACUAGAUUUUACCUUGAAAUAUCUCAAAGAAAACCCUAGUGCUUACAGAGAAGAAAUUAAUGCAGCAUAUCUUCAGUCACAACAAGGUUCAGUGUCUCUCUCCGAUCCAGGCCGCAUACAGAGGCUAAGGGAACAGUUCGGUUAUACCCCGAGAUUAGGAGGAAUUGGUGGCACAACUUAUCGGGAGGAGGCAUUUGCAAACUUUGAAGGUGUCGAUGUGAAUAGUAACUUUACUUGCAAGAGGCUGGCAUCUGUAACAAAGUUACACAGUCACCUUCAGAAUAAAUUCGAGGAUUAUAUGGGAGGGUUGUCAUGGGAUACCUUUGUCUGCGAGUGUGACAAAGUACAAACGAUACUGAUCAUGGAUGAAAUUCAGGUGUUAUACAAUCCGGAAGGUGCAUCAACCUGUCUAUUUGGUGGUGACAGGUUUUGGGACACAGUCAAGAGAGUUCCACAGGGCGGUGGUCUCCAUCCACAUCACGAAAUUAAUACUUGGAAUUUCAAAGAUGUUCGGUACGCUGAACAAGAGUAUGCAGAUUUCUUUGAUGUUUUUUGUCGCUCCAAUCUGAAACUGCUUCCUGAAGGGGAUGUUCCUCGACUUGCCGACUAUGUGAAACAAGCGACCAAGUGCCAUCCUGGGCUCGUCUCUUUUGCUUUGAAUGAUAUUGUUUUACGAUUUCGACAGCAGCUAAACCAGGGUGCGGUGCCAUUGACAUUUGAGAAAAUAUUCAAAUUUUUUCAAACAGAUGAUUUCUAUCAAGGCGUUAAGGAACGUCUUGGGUUUAGAACCCGUGUACACACGUUAACAAACUCUCUCGAAGAUUUUAUCAAGAAGGGCUGGGUGGACUUCUACGUUGAUAACGAACAUGAUUGGAUGAUAGAGCUAGUUCGAGAUGGUGAAGAUCUGGAAAAGCAUCGAGAGAAGAUGAAGGACGUGCUAUAUGGUUCAAUUCUGAAAUGUGCUAAGCAUCAUGCAAUUAACUUUUCCGGUGUGGAAAUAUGUAUUAAUGAUAUUUGGGACAAGGUUCAGCUGUGUAAAAGUAGAGAUUUGUACACUGAGUUGGAUAUCUUGGUGACACCUUGA